UGUUGUAUGUGCACUCGAGCUUUUGCGCGCAAACAUGAUCUGCAACGGCACGUCCGCGUCCAUACUGGUGACAAGCCCUAUGUCUGUUUGUGUUGCAAAAAGGCAUUUGCUCGAACAGACGCUCUCAAACGUCACCUUAGAAUGGAGGAGGCAUGUCGUCUAAGUCCCGAAGUACAAGCCAUGAAGUGUGCCGGCAAACGUCGG